ACUUGUUGUGACGCGUCGAGGAAGUUGUAGCCAUGGGAAGAACCUGUUGUAUUGUUGGAUGUAAUGUCCGUUCACACGAUCGACUUGGCAAGAAAUUAGACAACGGACUUUCUUUUUAUUGUUUUCCGGCCUGGAAACAUAAUGAAGGGAGUCAUGUGUCCGAUGUAACCAAGCGGAGACGGAUGGCCUGGAUAUCCGCCAUAAGACGCACGGACAUACACUUCGCAGACAUCCCAAGAUCAUUAAAAGUGUGUUCCAAGCAUUUUCAUUCAAGUAAACCAGCAUAUGAGAUGGACGAGUCUCAUCCAGACUGGGCUCCAACCCUGCACCUGGGUCACUCUGAAGUCACAGCCACAGUGUCAGAUCGGCAUGCCCGCAGACAACAUAGACAUAAUUUGAGAGAAUCUGAGGGAGGAGGCCAAACUGAACAAAACAACAUGAACGAAGAUGAGAGAGAUGGAGUCCAAGAAGAUGCAGAAGAAGAGGGAUAUGGGGAUCAAGCAGAGGCAGGAGCUGCGGAAGAGGAGGAAUAUAGAGAACAGACAGAAACAGACAAACCAGCUGCUAAGAGACUAAGAGCAGAAUGCCAGUUCUGUGAGCAAAGCAGUGCAGAACUAUCCCGUCUUUUGCAGGAAAAUAGGGAGCUUAGGUCCGAGUUAAACAAGUUUAAGAUGGAUGAAGAGUUUUUCAAAGAUAAUACAGAGAAGGUACGAUAUUAUACAGGACUUCCAUGUUUUGCAAUUGUGAUGUCAAUGUUUACUACUGUUAAGCCCUUCCUGCCAGUUGCAAAGAAGCUUUCACAAUUUCAAAUGGUUUUACUGACACUCAUUCGUCUAAGGCUUGAUCUUCCAAUCCAGCAUCUUUCACACAUUUUUAAUGUGUCAUGUAGAACUCUUUCUGCUACCUUCGCCGACACCAUAGAUGUGCUGUAUGCACGCCUUACUCCCUUGUUGUACUGGCCUGAGAGACACUGUUUACAAGCCACAAUGCCACAUCAAUUUUUUGUAACGAGACCCAACACCAUCAACAUGUCAGGCUUGUGUUGGAAAGGCAGAGGAAAUUCCACCUAUUCCUCAAGGCAGAGAAAUGUGAAUUUCCAUCAGACAGCCAUCCAGUUCCUGGGCUAUAAUAUCGGUCCUGAAGAAAUCCAGAUGGACGAGGGGAAGGUGGAAGCAGUUCAGUGUCUUCCUAGAACCACCAGGGCCUCCCAUGCCCUUCAACAACUCUAA